CGGGUGAGCGAGCACUUGGUGAUUGGGUCUGCGAGGCCAUAUUUAGUUGCCGAGAGCUUGGAUUGCUGUACUAAGGAGUGCUCUCUCCCGCCAAAGAUUUCUGCAGCGGACGUGCAGCUGCUUUGUUGAAUUUUUUGUUAGAAUAUUUAUUAGAAAAAGAGCCGAAGAACAUCGAGUGAAGGCAAUGGAGCAAUCUGCCAAGCAAGAGGCAGGCACUGUGCUCCGUACCAUCGGGAAAUGGACCAGCACGAGUUUGUGGGGUGGAGCGUCAGCGUCAACGACAACAUCUGAAAAGACAGACGCCCCUCAUGAUGAGGCAAGAGACGAGGCAAUGCGAAGAAGUGGUGAGGGUGAGCGAGAGCCGACUGACACAAGGAAUGGACCCGAUGGGGAGAAAGCAUUGGAAUGUGAUUUUGACAAGAACCCUACCGAGGUGUACCUUUCUCUCCUUAAAAAGGAAUGGACCAAGGCCAUCACCCGAGCACGGAGUCAUCCUGACGAGGUAAAGUGCUGGGUAUCUCGUGUCGAAGAUAAUGGCACGCUUCGUUGGAGGCUUUUGCCCAUCCAUGCAGCGAUGAUCUUCAAAGCACCGGAAAAUGUUGUAGAAGCAUUGCUCAGCGCAUACCCUUUGUCGGCUGAAGAGCGCGACGAUCAGGGCAUGUUGCCACUUCAUCUUGCCUUCCGCAAUGAUGCAGCUGAAAAGACAGUGGUUCUUCUCUUGAAUGCGUACCCUCGCUCUGUCCUCGUUAAAGACCGAAAGGGACGUACUCCCCUUGACGUGGCUCGAUCUUCCAAGUCUCCUAUUCGUGAUAUCUACUUGCAGUUGCUUACCAUGGGCACAACCGGUGAAGGUGGAGAAAGCAGCAGCGUGCAGGCCGUUGAGACUACUCAGUCGAAUAAUUUGGCGCUACAAGAUGCCAGGUUUUUACAAGGAAAGCACCGCGAAGAGAAAGCCAAGGCUAGGGAAACGACCUUUCUCGUCGAGAACCUCAAGGAAGAACUUGCCAAGGCGGAAGGCAAAUCCGAAGUAUUGGCCGAACAUGUCCACGAGUUGGAGGAUGCUUUGACUUGCAAGAGCGACGAAAGACGCAAUCUCCAAAGCAAGGUGAAACACCUGGAUGCAAAGUUGAAGGAGCAGUCGUCGGCUUCUGGUCAGGUAGAAACCUCCUUGAAAGUUGAAAACAAUCGCCUGCAGCGGGAGUCUGAAGAACUGAAAGGUUCUCUUGAACAAACUCAGGAGACUUUGAAAGAGGCCAACGCCCAAAUUGAAGAAAUGAAAAAGAGUUUUGACGACAGGCUCCAGACUUGGGUUCGACGAUGCAUGCGCUUGGAGGACGACGCUAAGAAGAUCCGCACGGACGUCGAGGCUGAACUCAGGGAGGAGACAGAAACUCUCAAGAACGAAACAGAGGCUCUAAAGAAGGAAAAGGCGUUGUUGGAAAGUGACUAUGAGGAAUUCGAAAAGAACCAUGCGACGAAGGUGAACAUUCAAAUCGAUGAGCUCGAGAGGAACUACGAAGAACGAAUUGCUGAGUGGAAACAAAAGGCGGAAGAGGCGGCCAACAACAAGAACCAGCAGGCAGAAUUGGAAGAUUGGAAGAGCAAGGCUGCCGAGUGGAAGAGCAAGGCCACAGAGCUGCAAAGUUGGAAGAACAGGAGUGAGCUUGAACAAUCCAGAGGUGGGUUGAAGCGUGCCGACGACGCUUCAGGACUUCGCAAAAGAGUUGUGGAACUGGAGGCAGAAAGAGACUCGCUUCAGAGUUCUCUUCAAGUAGCCAAGCGGCAACAGGCUGAAGCAACUCGGGAAAACAAUGACCUUAAAUCAAAGAUUUCACGAGAGGAGAGGAAGCGCAAGGAUGCCGAAUCAAUGAAUGAAUCCCGACUUGAAGUUCUUACCCAAGAAAAGGUGGCCCUUCAGGAACAGUUGGGGAUGCUAAAGGAAUCUUCUGAUGUUGCACCCGAAGAGCAAUGCUUCCCAUUCAACAGGAACAAGGAACUCCGUCUCAAGCUCUUAACACUUGAAGCUGAGGUCAAGAGUAAGGGUCAAGUUGAAUCGGCACUGAAGAACGAGUGUUCCAAUCUAUUGGAGGAGAACGCUGCACUUCACUCAUCCAUGGAAGCAAUUCGAGAAGAAAGAGAUGGACAUUACAACCAAGCUGAAAAGAUUCGAUUCAAGUUGGAGGAUGUGCAACGAGAACUUGCUGUAGCAAAGUCAAACUUCGAGCGGGACCUGAGAGACGCUGUUGAAGAGGCCGAUUGCUUGCGAAUGGAUACAGACACCUUGCACAAGGAGAAUGAAUCUCUUGAGGCCACCAUUGUGGAAAUGAAGUCGAGAAUAACGACGUCCAACAAGCAAAUGGAGGACUUGCUUCAUAAGGAAACCAAGCAGAAGGACCUAAGGCUGAAGUUAAUUACCCUUGAAGCCGAGAGCCAGAGCAGAGCACAGGCAGAAUCUAUGUUAAGGACUGAAUGUGCAAAUCUUCGAGAAGAUAAGGUCUCGAUGCAAGUCACCCUCGAAGUAACGGAGAAGCAAAACUACGAAUUGAAGCUUCAGCUGCAAGAAUUGAAAUCGGGCUAUGAAAGGGACGUUGCUGCCCUUCAAGAAUCGAAGGAUUCGCUUGAAGCGCGCAUAAAGCAUACCGAGGCCAGGCACCAUGGGGCCUGCGAUCGUGCCGCUGCAAUCGAGAAGACUCUGAAGGAAGCCAAGAGUUCCUUGGAGGAUGAAAAGGAAUCUCUUCAGCACGCCCUUGCUCUCGCAGAGGCCAAACACGAGGCGGCGACAAACUACUUGGACGAAAUGGAGGCAGAGAUGACGUCUGAGAUGAUGAAGCUUCGUGAUGAGAAAGAGCGACUGAGAAAUUCUUUUAACUCUUCUGAAUCAAAGGCAUGUGAGGUUCGUGCUCAGAUGGUGGAGAUGGAAUCGAACUUCAUGGCCGAUCUUGACAGCCUUCGAAACGAAAAGGGCACUAUCCAAAACGAUUUGGAACAGGCACACAGGAAGGUCGCAUCAGUGGAGAGGCAGAAAGAAUCCCUUGAGGCUUCUCUCAAGCUUUCGCGAGAGCGCCACGAGGAGCUACAAAAGCAUUGCGACGGAAUUGAGUCGAACUUGAACGCUGAAGUAACUGCACUUCGGGAGGAAGUGCGGGGUCUCAGCGCUAGCCUUGCAAAGGCAAAAAGGGAGGUCGAAGGUCUUGAAAGGCAGAGAAAGUCUCUACAAGAUGCUCUCGAUUACGCGGAUUCCACGCAAGACGACCUUCGGCGUCAGCUGAACGAAGUGGAAGAUCUUCUUUCCAAAGAGAUCAGCACCGUCCGUGCCGAAAACUCGGCUUUUGCACACGACCUUGAGCAGUCCAGGAGAGUCAACGAAGAGUUAGAACAGGACAAAGAAGCAUUGAAAGAAGCUUUAGAAGACUCAGCCAAGCGUUUGGCAGAGAUCAAGACACUACGUGAUGAAAUGAAAACAUCUCUGGGUGCCGAAAUCAGUUCUCUUCGCACUUUCAAUGCUCAACUUGAAGACGCGAUCCAAGAGAAGGAGGAGCGAGUCGAGUCCGUUGCCAAGGAGCUUGACGAAAUUGAAGACGCGGCUAAGUCAGAAAACGCUAAGCUUUGGGAAGAAAAUCAAACAUUGCAAGAAUCACUUGAGCUUGCCGAAAAGUCCAACGAUAGCUUGCAGACGGAAUUGCGCGACUCAACAAGGGACUUUGAGAGCCAAAUUACCCACAUGCAAGAGGAGAAGGAGCAACUAACGGCAACAUUGGAUGUAGCGGACACCAAGAUCAAAGAACUUUCCGAGCAGUACGAUGAUCUCAAGACCCAACUUACAGAGCAAAUCGAGAGCCUCGAGAAUCAGAGGGAUGAUCUGCAAGCCAACUUGGAACGAGUGCAAAACGAGAAUGCCGCAGCGAGGGAAGAAAUGGAAAACAUGGAGGAUGCCAUCAAGAUGAUUGAGGGUGAGUUCAUCUCAGCUUCCACUCGCAUUACGCAGUUGAACGAAGAGCUCGAAGAUACCAGGAGCCAGUACAACGCUGCCAAAGACGAUAUUGCCAGCCUUAGCGCCGCCAACGAGAACAACCAAAACGAACAUCAGGCCAAGAUCUCGGUACUGGAAGCUGACCUAUCUUUGAUGCAGCACUCCCUCGCCUCGCUUAAGGAUGCACACGAACAGCUACAGGAUGAGAAGCAAAUCCUAAUCAAGGAGAAGACCGUGCAAGCCGAGCAGCAUGGUCGAGAAUUGCAGAACAUGGAAUACCAGGUCACGGCGGCGACAAGUGAAAUCGAAGCGCUCAAGGAUGAACAUGACAAGCGACACCAAGAGCUGACAGCGAAGAUUGGAAAGCUCCUGGAAGAUCUCAAGGAGAAGGCGGCGACGGAAAGGGCCUUGAAGAAUGAAAACUCCCAGUUCCAAGAUGAAAUUAGGCAGCUCCAGACUAAUCUCGAAACCUGUGAAGGCGACCUAGACUUGGCGCUGAAGAACCUCGAAGCGAAAGAAAUGGAAUUUGAAGUAACGAUAAAGGAUCUUCGAUACGGGAACGAAAAGCUUUUGGACUCCCUCUGCGUUGCAGAAAACAAGCAAGUCGAGGCCUCGGACCACAUUGAUCACAUUGAAGCCACGCUGAAGGCAGACAAUGAAUCGCUGUGGGAGGAAAAUGAAACUUUGAAGGAAGCUUUGAGGCAAGCUGAGGUGAAGCAUCGCGAUGCCUUCGAAAACAUCGAUGACAUCGAGAACACUUUGAGGUAUGAAAUUGCUGCCCUGACUGAGGAGAAUGAAGCCGUGAAAGAACAGCUCAAAGAAGCAGAAGAGCAACAGCAGAACGCUAUCGACAGCUACAACGCUCAAAGGAGUGUCAUCGAGGCCGACAGAGCAGAACAUCAAGUCCUACGAGAGACUUUGGAGAUUUCUGAAGCCAAGGUGAAGUCGUUCGAAAGACAAAUAAAUGAAGUGGAAAAUGGAUUGUCUGAAGAGCUCGAAAAUCUUCAAAAGGAAAACGAAGAGUUGAGGGAAUGCUUGGAGGAGGCAGAAAGAAAAAGAGACGCAGCUCUCAAGGCAAAAACUGAAAUGGAUCAACGAAUUUUCGAAGCCAAGCACGGCACCGACACUGCAGCGAGUGAACUCGAAAAGGCCGAGCAGAAGUACCAGGAGACUUUGGAUACGUUGGAGCAUAUGCAGACCUCGCUCCAGGCAGAACUUGCGGUCGUCACGGAUGAAAAGAAUACUCUGGAACAAAUGCUGAAGCGAACCGAGGGUAUAUACAAAGAGGACACUGACAUGUUCAAUCGUAUCAUCGACGACCUCAAGGCCGACAAUACAAGCCUCACCGAACAGAUUGAUUACCUUCAGGGUUCUGUCAAGAACACAAGCCAAGAUCUGGAAACGAUCAAGAAACAAACCGAAGUGGUGGAAGAUGAGCUCCAAUCAGAAUUGUUCAACAUCGUCGAGGAGAAAGAAGAGAUGGAAUUGGCACUGAAGAAUGCCAAGGAGCAACAAGAAGCAACACUGAAGCAGCAGCUGAAAUCACAAAAGACGCUGAUGGCCGAGAAUGCAUUGUUAACGAAAGAGAAGGCUACCUUGACAGAGGAGCUCCAACAGUCCAAUUCAAACUACGUCGCACUUUGCAAGCAAGCAGACGAGCUGAAGGACCUUUACGAAAACCAGCUCAAGGAAAUUCGUGUGAAAUUGGUCAAGUACAAGCUCGACAUCAAGACGAAAAAAGAACAAAUUGAGUUCCUUCAAGGCACUGUCAAAAACUCCAACGUCGACCUGGAGGAAAUCAGGAAGCAGAGUGAAGAGGCGGAGGAUGAACUUCAAACGGAGCUGUUCAAUCUCCACGAGGAGCGCGAGGCACUCGAAAAGGCAUUGAAGCAAACCAAGGAGGAUCACAAAAAUGCCUUCAAAAAGAGUGACGAUGAACGCAAAGCUCUCAGGCUCGAAAUUGAUUCGCUGAAGCAAGAGCAGGCCACUCUGAAAGAAAAGCUCGAGGUAGCUGUGGCUGGCUCCGAGGCUGGCACAGCACAGGCUGAUGAGAUGAAGGAGAUAUACGAAGGCCAACUCAAGGAUCAGAAGGCAAAGGUACUCAAGUACAAGAAUGAUAUCAAGACAAAGAAGGAAGCUGAAGCAGCACUAAAGAAAGAGAUCAAGUCGCUCCAAGACAAUCUGCAAACGCUUCGAGUUGAUCUCGAGCUGGCAAGAGAACAGCACGAAGACGACACAUCACUUUUGGAAGAGUCAAAGAAGGCAACCGACGAACAGCUCAAAGAAAUGCGGGUCAAGGUUUUCCGAAUGGAGGAGGAAAGCAAGAGCAAGCGCAAGCUCGAAGCAAAUCUCAAGACUGAGAACACCAGACUCCGGGAAGAGAUCGAAUCCUGCGAAGAAAAGCUUGAAGAGCUCCAAACCAAACACGACGAACUUGAAAAGGAGUUUACAGACCUUCGUCUCGAGCACGAUAACAUCGUUACACGCGAGUACGGGCAGAGAGGGAAGAAUUCGGAUGUCGAGCUUACUCUGAGAUCCCGCAUUGCAAGUCUCGAGGCUGAGCGCGCUACACUUCAAGCUGAUCUGGAAGCAGCUCGAGAUUCAGCAAAGCAACAUGUCGCUGAACUUGAAGCCAAGUAUGAGAAGAUCAUCAGCGAGAGCGAGAAGCCUGAUGACGACGAAACAACAAACAAGGCGGUCAUGGCACUGCAAAUGGAACUUGAUAGUGUACGCGCUGAAUAUGCCUCCGCCUCCAAGCAACUCGAGGACAUGAAGGACAGCCAUGAGAAAUUGCGACAGUGGAGUUUUGCUGUCAUGAAACAGGGCAAAGAGAACUCGUCGCUCAAGGCUGAAUGGGCCAGUGCUCAAGCCCGUGCGGCACUUGCUGAGGCGCAGGUGAAGUCCCUGAAGGAGGAAAAGGAUGAGCUCGCUGAGUUCUUGAACAAGUCGAGGGUCGAAGUACAGCGCAAGAAGCAAACGCUCGAGUACACGAUCCAAAGUCUUAGCGAUAGCUUGGUUGGCGCUGCUAAGGUAGUGGACGAGAUGGCGGAACAGCAACAACAGAUUGUGCACGAAGCAUCGAUUCACGAAGAUGACUUGGUUCGAGCGUCCGAGGCUCGCGCCACAUUCCUGAAGGACAGCGGGAGUCAAGAGGAAUUCUUCAGCAAGGCAUGCAAGAGUAGCAAGAAGAUGGCCAGCCUGCUUCGACGCCAAGGACGCAAGUUCGCAGAACACAUGGAUGCGUAUCAGGCGCUAUUGACACAGUGGUCUGAAUCUGUAGCAACAGCUUCAUCUAUGUCAGUGGCGGACGAGGAGACGACGCUACCAUCAGACGAGGCAAAGGAUAAAGAGGCACGUGACGACGGAGACGCAGAACCUAUGUCCACUUUGGAAGAAACGACCCAACCAGAGGCACCCACCGACGAGGGCGAUUCUCCAGUGCAUCGUGUCGAGGGUGAAAAGGAUGCCCAAGACGGCGACGAAGACGAAGCCGAGCCUCAAGAUCGAACGGAUCAAGCUGUAAAUGUGGCAUGCGCGGAUCAAGCAGCAGAUCCUGUCGACAAUGAUGAACAACGGCAAAACGACAGCGCCGAAGAAGAGACGACGGUGGCCGAAGAAGAGACGACGGUGGCCACCGGACCGGCGGAGAAGCCAGUUGAAACAGACGAAACAGACGUGAAAGCAGCAAUGGAAACAACUCGGGAUGCAACGAACGACGUAGUGACAACCACAACAACUGCAGAGGAAAUCACGGAAACCCCUGAAGGAACAAAAGAAGAGCCAGACGAGCCAGCGCUAGGAGAAGAAGAGGGCGAGAAAGAGGCACAAACAACGCCAUUGCAAAAAGAAUCAGCAAUGUCAGCUGAUACCGCAACCAUAGUCGUCAACGAGGACGAAACAAGGGACGACGAAGAGGUUCCAUCAUCACCACGAAACGAAGAAACGUGUUCUAAAGACAGUUCGGAAGGAGAUUCCUGCAACCUCGAAGAGAACAUGUCUAACGAUAGCUCCGUGGAUGCGUCAACAAGAAUGAGCAGCUGCGAAGACCUUGACGACGACAGCACUCGCAACGAACAGCGUACAGGAGUGAUUCCCUUGGAAGACGGCAUUGAGAUGUUCCACAAUCCAUUUGUUCUGUAGUGUACGAUUGAAUUUGAUUCAAGACAACAAUGAUGAUACAGUGUCUCGCGCACCGCACCAUCAGAAUGAAGGGUGGACACCACCAGAGUUUGCUCCUCAUAAUGGAUCUGUGUGCGGGGGCGGAAGCUACCCAACAAGAAAGACGUAGUGUGAUCCAUGCAUCCAUAUAUAAUACAUGUUACUAGUAAACAAAAGCGUCUAAACAGAGUUUUG